ACACUAAUGUCACUAUGACAUUACUGAAUUGUUAAUAUUUUUUUACGAAAACUUGGUUGAGAGCGUGGAUCCAUGUGGAGCUUGUGAUGUCAUGUUUUUCAAAUCGUUGAAAGUAAAACUGUUCAUAAAUGAAAUCUUAGAGAUUAAAAAUGGAGUUCACCGGUUUAAUUUUGCCUUUAACAAAAAACAUUUGUCGCACCUGUCUCUCGGAAUCGGAUACAGCGAUGUUUAUGAACGUACAAGACUUGAUUGAACACGAGAUGAUUAAAGUCAAAUUAAUUGAUAUUUUGGUCUUUCUUAACUGUUUGGAGAAUAAUGACGAAGAAAACUGGCCGCAAGGGAUAUGUUCUUCAUGUGUAUCUACAGCUUUAGUUGCAUACGAUUUUAAGUUGAACUGUUUAAAAGCAAAUUCUACUUUAUCGCAAAUACUUAUGAUUCAAUCUCCUACUCAUUUGCAAAGGACUGAGAUAGAUUCAAUUGACAUAAAUGUUGUUUAUCAGGACCAUGAAUAUGAUGUUCCACUGUUCAGCAACCACCCUACAUUAGACUUUGAUACCACAUUAACUGAUAACAAAUUGACACCUUUACCACCAGUUACUGAAAUAACAUCUGCAGAGCAGCCCCCUCGAAUGGAAGGAGAGAAGCGUUACAGCUGCACUAUAUGUAACAAGUCUUUUACUCGCUUAUAUGGUUUGCAGUAUCACAUGGCGAGGCAUAGUGAUACCAUGAGAAAUUAUCUCUGUGCUAAAUGUGGAAAAAGCUUCCACACAUCUGGUGGACUAAGACAGCAUUUAAAGUCACAUAGAGAUAUUGCACAGUUUAAAUGUGGUUUCUGCCAUAAGACCUACAAGUCCAGGCAAUCAUUGAAGGAACAUUUCCGAGUAGCACAUUCCAGCAACCGCAAGUUGUAUGUAUGCGUGACCUGUGGGAAGAGAUUUACUGCUAGAUCAACUUUAAACAUGCAUGUUAAGACCCACAAUGGAGAGAAAUAUGCAUGUCCACAUUGUCCUAAGACAUACACAAGAGCAGCUUAUUUGAAAGCCCAUAGCUUGGUUCACACCGGUGUGGGUAAGCCCCGCCCCUUUGUAUGUACCUACAAAGGGUGUGAAAGAAGCUUCCCAUCCAAAUAUUCCUUAACGGUACAUACUGCACACACUCAUACCAAAGAGAGACCCCAUAAAUGUGAUUUUUGCUUCAAAGGUUUUGCUACAGCCACUGGUUUGAAAAUACAUUUAGAAUGCCAUGAGUACAAAGAGUUGCCAUGUAACAUUUGUGGCAAGAAAUUGAAAAACAAGAGAGUAUUACAAAAGCACAUGAAAACUCAUGAUGUUGAUGCCAAUGAUAUGAUUUUGGAGACUGUAGAUCAAGCAUAUUAAUAUGAUUUCAUUGUUAUACAUUAUAUACCAGCAGCAUUAUAUUUCCCUACAUAGUUGCUGUCCUUCCAUUAUUUCUUUAAUAAAUACAAUGAGCAAAA